AUGGUCCGCCCCAGCGCCCUCCUCCGCAACGCCCCCAAGCCCAUGUCCGCCGACCACACAAAGUACCACGUCGCCUCCACCGGUUUCUGGAAAAAGUUCCGAGACAACGUUGCCGUCAACCCCGAGAUCUCUACAGGUCUGCCCAUCCCCACUCUGAACCGUUUCCCCCAGCCCGCUUCUCGACCUGAGAAGUAUGCCACCCCUGCUACCAGCGCUAGCGACCCCGCCUUCAACCCUUACUGGAAACGAGACACUCGCCGCUCCUACCCCCAAACUUCCGUCAUUACCCAGACCCACCUCUCCAGCCUUCUUCUCUCUUCCCCGACUCUGUCAUCCCUUCCUUCGCCCGAGACAGCUGUCGAGACCAAGCAAGAGUCUUCUGCCAUCGCCCCGGGCUCGGAGCCCUCAGAUGCUCAGCAGGUUGUGGCCGCUUCAGAAGUCCCCGACCUUUCGACAGUGUUGGAGAAGAUCCCUGCGGGGAAGGCCUUCUUGGGAGGUGGUUUGACGACUGGGCAGGGGUCGGGAAGCUUGCCACCACUUCCUCCUGCGUCCAACCUUCAUUCGGGUGUCAAGUGGACGCCAAAGGCAGGCGCCGAGGUGCCCCACGGCAAGUACGAUUACUUCCCCAUGUACACCGUCUGCUAG